AUGAUUAAAGAUAACAACGAAAUUAUUCCACUAAUGGGCAAGAAAACAAAUCCAUCUGGUAUUCCCCCUUCAAACCAGCAAGAGAAAAAGCCAACUGAAAGCACUCCGACAAAGAAAAGUUCACACUUUUUUCUGGAGAUUGAUGGUUUUGAAAGCAAUGCAACUCCAAAUAAUACGUCUCCCCCUGUGUUUUCAAAACCAAUGGAUUCAAAUAUUCGUCCAUGUGCAUCUGGAAAUGGGGAGGAUAUGGAUUCCCCACAGUCUCUUCAGGAUGAUGCGACUGAAUACAGCCCUAAUGUAGACAGUUGUUGUGCUAACAUAUCACAAGGACCUGAGCAGACUAGUGCCCGGAAGAAGUUGAAAAGGUACAUAUUUCGGGCAGUAUCGGAGGGGAAUAUAGAAGAAUUGCAAUGUCUGCUCGCAGAGCUGAAGGAAAGAUCAAAUGCGUGUACAAACAUGACUGCGCCAGAUUAUCUGAUGAAAAAAUUCACAGCUUCAGAUACUGGCAAAACUUGUCUGAUGAAAGCUCUGCUGAACAUCAACCAAAACACAAAUGAGAUAGUGAAUACACUACUAUCCUUUGCAGAAGAAAAUGGUAUUUUGGAGAGAUUUAUCAAUGCAGCAUACACAGAGGAGGCAUAUAAAGGCCAGACAGCUCUAAAUAUUGCCAUCGAAAGAAGACAAUAUGAAAUAACUCAGAGCCUUAUUGAAAAAGGAGCUGAUGUCAAUGCUCGCGCCCAGGGUAUUUUCUUUAAUCCCAAACAUAAGCAUGAAGGCUUUUAUUUUGGUGAAACUGCACUGGCGUUAGCUGCAUGUACCAAUCAACCAGACAUAAUUCAACUGUUAAUGGACAAUACCAGGACUAAUAUUACUUCUCAGGAUUCCAGAGGAAACAAUAUCCUCCAUGCAUUAGUUACUGUGGCAGAGGACUUUAAAACCCAGAAUGACUUUGUAAUCAGAAUGUAUGAUAUGAUUUUGUUGAAAAGUAAAGACAGACAUUUGGAAACAACAAAGAAUAAGGAGGGUUUGACACCACUACAAUUAGCUGCAAAAACUGGGAAAUUAGAGAUUCUGAAAUACAUCCUGAGCAGAGAGAUAAGAGAUAAGCCUAACAGGAGCCUGUCAAGAAAAUUCACAGACUGGGCUUAUGGUCCUGUUCAAUCUUCUCUUUAUGAUCUGACAGAACUAGAUACCACCACAGACAAUUCAGUAUUGGAAAUUAUUGUCUAUAAUACAAAUAUUGGUAAUCGUCAUGAAAUGCUGACUUUGGAGCCUCUGAAUUCACUCCUGCGAAUGAAAUGGAAGAAGUUUGCACGACACAUGUUUUUUAUGUCAUGCUGGUUUUAUUUCCUAUACAAUGUGACAUUAACGUUAGUUUCCUACCACAGGCCUAAUGAAAAUGAAGCUCCACCUUAUCCACUAGCUCUAACACGUGGUGUGGGAUGGCUGCAGUUAUCAGGACAGGUGAUGGUUAUGUUAGGAGCAAUAUUUUUAGCCAUAAAAGAGAGUGUAGCCAUCUUUCUGCUUAGGCCCUCAGACCUGCAGUCAAUUCUCUCUGAUGCGUGGUUCCACUUUGCAUUUUUUAUACAAGCUUUGCUUGUGAUCUUCUCUGUCUUUUUGUACUUGUUUUCCUACAAAGAACACCUCGUGUGUCUUGUUUUGGCAAUGGCCCUAGGAUGGGCUAAUAUGCUCUAUUUCACCAGAGGUUUCCAGUCCAUGGGCAUUUACAGUGUUAUGAUUCAAAAGGUCAUCCUGCAAGAUGUGAUAAAAUUUUUAGUUGUCUAUAUCGUGUUUUUGCUGGGAUUUGGCGUAGCUCUUGCUGCAUUGAUUGAAACUUGCCAAGAUGGCAGCGAAUGCCAUUCCAACAGCAGUCUGGGACCUGUUCUGAUGGAUCUUUUUAAGCUCACCCUAGGACUGGGUGAUCUGGAGAUCCAGCAAAAUUCAAAGUAUCCUGUGCUAUUUCUUCUGCUCCUCAUAACUUAUGUUGUGUUGACCUUUGUUCUUCUGUUGAACAUGCUGAUUGCAUUAAUGGGAGAAACAGUGGAAGAUAUUUCUAAAGAGAGUGAGCACAUCUGGAAACUCCAGAGAGCCAGAACUAUUUUGGAAUUUGAAAAAUUCUUACCAAAAUGUUUGAGGAAAAAAUUCCAACUAGGAGAACGGUGUAAAGUGGCUGAAAAUGACACCAGGGUGUGCUUAAGGAUUAAUGAAGUGAAAUGGACCGAGUGGAAAACACAUGUUUCAUUUAUUAAUGAAGAUCCAGGGCCAACAGAUCCAAGCAAAGUUCAAGAUAAUUCAAGAACUAAUAGCAAAAACACCCUGAAUACGUUUGAAGAAAUGGAUGAUUUGCCUGAAACUUCUGUUUAG